AUGCUUCACACCUUGGAACGAUGCACGUCACAGGAUGUCAAGGUUAUGUUCAUCGCAGCCGGGCCUGCUGCUUGCCACUGCUUUGUUGGAGAUUCAGCGGGCAAUCUUUGGAGCUGGGGCCGCAACGAAAAAGGGCAACUGGGCCACGGUGAUUUUGCCCAGCGCAACGUGCCUGCGAAGGUGGCUGGCUUGGAUGGAAAAUUUGUGAUCGGAGCUUCCGGCGGCCGCAACCAUAGCGCUUGUGUAUGCCAAGAUGGCAGCUCCUACGCCUGGGGCAUCAACCAACACGUAGAUGUUGCUUGUCUUUUUUCGCUGAACGUUCCCCUCGGUGCAGACAUCAUCCUGACGCCGACUCGCUGCGUUAUCGAGAACUGCACUCAAGUGGCGUGUGGCAUCGACUUCACCAUGUGGUUGUGCGGCGGCCGGGUGAUGACGGCAGGCAACGGCCAGUACGGUGUGAUUGGCGAUGGAGUGGACCAUUCGUACAAUGCCAAGGACUCCAGCAUCCAGAUCCUGUAUGAGGCUGUGGCAACCCCCCGCCGAGUAGCCGGACUUGACGACGUCACGGUGCUCAAGAUCGCAGCUGGACACAACCACUGCCUUUGCUAUGAUGAUCAGGGCUCCUGCUACAGCUGGGGCAAUGGCGGCUACGGUCGGUUGGGACACAAGAUUCAGCAAGAUGAGGACAAGCCCCGCAAGAUCGAGGUCUUUACCCGCCGUAAUUUGGUGCCCAAGGACGCCAUUCUGGCUGCCGGCGGCACUUCUUCCUUCUGCACGGGUGUUGCGGGUCAGGUGCACUGCUGGGGCAAGCUCAAGGUUAAUGGCGACAACCAAAUGUAUCCCGUACCCGUGAACGACCUAGUGGGUUGGAACGUCCGCAGCUUUGCGUGCGGCCCGGGUACCUUUGCCGCGGCUGCCGACAACUCGGUCAUCACCUGGGGUGCAGCCACCAACGGGGAGCUGGGAUUUGGGCCCAACAAGAAGAGCUCUGCCAACCCAGCAAAGUGUGAGCCGCUUGACGGGGGCUACACGCAUCAGGUGGCCUGCGGUAUUGGCUUCACGUUGUUCCUCGUGGACCCGGCUCAUCCGAGGCUGGCUGAAACCACGGAGUGGGUGAGCUCCAUCCCGGUGGAGGAGGCCCCCUCCCUGGAGGCCACCGCUGCAGCGGGAGCCAAGGGCGGCAACAAGCGCAAACCCGCGGGGGAGGCGGGGACGGCCAGCGGCGCUGCCAAGGCAGGAAAAAAGGCCAAGUAAGGGUGAAUGAGGCGCUAGAGAGAUGACAAAGGAAUGUCAACAAGGAGGAACCAACUACGCCCACACAUCUGAGUCUACUGGCAAUUUACCUGUGCACGCGUGCGUCUUCUAAAUGUAACCAACCCAUAACAC